UCAUUGUUUUAAAUAUUCAAAGACUAUGUCAAUAGAGUUGAGUACUCAUCACUGAUCCUCCUCACAUUUUCACACCUACUUCAAAAAAUCCAAUCCAAACACAUAUGAGUAGUACCAUGACUGCUUCUACUGAUCAAUAUUGGAUGCAAUACUAUCAACAACCUCUCAUGGAUCAUACUCUAAAUCCACCACCUAUAGAAAAUUUCUCUGAUUCAACUGUGAUGACAACAAAUCCUAUUCCAUUAGAGACUAUGAUUUUGAGCCCAACAAAUUCAUACACAAACACUAGUGACCAAUUGACACCAAAGGGUGGUAAUAUAUCCAAACCAAUUAGAAGAAGAUCUAGAGCUUCUAAGAGAACACCAACAACACUACUCAAUGCAAAUACAACCAAUUUUAGACAACUUGUGCAACAAUUCACUGGUUGUCCUAGUACAACUUUGUCCUCGUCGUCGUCGCUAGGUGUUCAUAAAGGACCUAUUACCUUAAACUUUCAACAAGGUAGUAGCAAACAGAAUGUUCAACAUGACACAACAGCUAGGUUAAUGUCACAACUUAGUAGCACAAGUUAUAAUCAAGUUCAUCAUCAAGUGACUAAGCCAUUUCCAUGGAACAAGGAGCAAAUUCAAGCGCCUCGGCAACAGCAGAGUGGCUAUAACUCAUUUGAAUAUGUCAAGAACAACAAUUUUGUUCCGAAUUCGGGUAACUCGUUGUCAAGGCCUAGGAACUUGGAUGUUUCUGAUGGAUUGGUUGUGGAUAAUGAUUUUGGUUUGCAUGAUCUAACUGUGAAUGAAUUCUCCAAUGAUACUUUUAUGUGAUGAAAAUAGAGGUGGACUUAGUUAUAUUUUGUUCAUUGUGUAUGCUUCCACAUAUUAUAUAAGAAUAAUGUAUAAGGUCUAUAUGCUAGCUUUAAUAUCUUUAAAUUCAAUUUAGUUUCUAUUUAUCUUUUCUUCAGGUUAAUACACCAAUUAUUAUUUUACGUCUCUUUUUGUAUAAUGAAAACAUAACAUCUCAA